UUCUCGCCGGAACAUAUCCCUGGUGGAGAUCCUGCAUUGCACGAGCCUUCCUUGGCAACAGUGACUGAAAGAGGCAUCAACAACAUCCCCAGCUUCGUGAAAAUGAACACCGCCAGCACUUCCGGAUCGUGUCCCACCUCAGAUGGUAACGGUGCACUUCAACUUAGUGAAACUCAAGGCAGCCCUCGGAGCAACUGUCUGUCAGUCUCCUCUGACGAGCAGUCCCUUCCCUUUCCACUGCGAUUCAGGCAGGACGGAGGGCCAUCAGUUCAAUACCUCCACAUCUAUAACAUGACUGCGAAAGUGCUGAAGCAACACUGCAUCGAAUUCAGCCUCUCCCAGACGGGCAACAAGACCGUGCUAGUUGAACGACUGGAGGCAUUCAGCCGCAAUCCUGAGUCAUGGAACAGUGCCCACCCAGGUGCCCACAGGUCUCAUAAGGGACCUCGAGUGAGGAGGCCUGUAGACAAGCCCAGGAUGAGCCGUACCAAAAAGUCUACGCAGCGCCGCGCACAGCUCAUUCCAGGCGCCAAUGCUAUCAAUGGAACUGUGACUGUCACUGAUCGAUCAAAGGACACGCGCACCUCAGCUGAGGUUGCUGUACUGUUACCAUGGGUGAGCCACUGUUUCUUUCCUCUUCUUUUUUUGAUUCGUCUCUGUCAUGUUGGACUGGUUGACCAUUGGCCUGACAGGCCAAGAUGAUCUGCACGGAGUAUCCAUACCAGACAACAGAUGGCACGGCUCCAGUCGCCGACGCUGGACCUAGUCAUUAUCCUAUGGGUGGGAUGCCUGCUGGCAC